CGAGCCUUGCGCCUGCCUCCCCACCGCCGACGACGGCACAGCGCCGGCGCCCUUCGCCUCCCCACCGCCGAUGCAGCAGGUCGCGUGCACCUCCUCCCCCACGCAGCAGGACCCCCCCUUCGGAGCUCCGCCUGUUCGUCGUUGUCGUCGCGAGGAGCGCCCACGCUGCCGCCCGUCUCGCCUCCUCGCUGCCAUGGGGACCACCACAGCCCCAAGCAGCCCAGGUAGGCCCGGCCAGGGGGAGCUCGACCCCGCCGGCCAGGGCGAGCUCGAUCCCGGCUCCUCCUCGCCGCCAGCUCCUCCGCGCCCCGCUCUCCACCGCUGCCGCCCUGCCAGCGCUCCCCGCCUCGACAGCGGCUCCCUGUCGCGGCUGCGAUUUGGGUCGAGGAGAGAGAGCGACCCAUUUGUGGGUCUCGGGUGCUGUAGGUCUGUUCCAAUAGAUGCCAUACAAUUUUUUACCUUUCAUUUAUUUUUACUGCGCACGCACUCGAUCCGCCGGAGCCCAUGGAGAAGCCGUCGCGCCGUCGUCGUCCUCUCCUUCCUCCGCUCCCUCUCCGUCUCCAUCGCUUGACUCGCUUCAUUCUCUCCCAUCCCCGUCCUGUGCGACUGCGACUUGGGGAGAGGCGACGCCAGAUCCGGCGCUCUGCGCCCAUGGGGAGUUCCAUCAGUAAACUUAAGCGUGGCCGUUCCCGUGCCACCCCGCGCCGCACUUGUCAAACCCUAAUCUCCUCGAGCAAGGUUGAAGCUGCGCCAAUGUCGGACAGGUGCGAGAUCAGAUCCGAUGCCCAUCCCAUCCAAGGUGCAUCGGGCGGUCCAGGGCAAGUUGCCCAAGUCUCCAAUCUUGAGGCGACGCACAGAGGUUCAUCUUCUCGACCGCCGCUGGGGCUUUUAAAGUUCCCUGAUGAAUUCAAAUUACUGGAAAUGGACAGGCUACUUCCUUGUGACUUGAAAAACACAAGUCCACCUGCCUUGCUGCAGUACGAUGCCUACCUUCACUGGUUUUACAACUCUCAUAGAGGUCCUGCUCCUGUUGCAUCCCUUGCUGAUACUGCCUCCGUGUGUUUGGAGAAGGAGGAUAGCAUGAGAUCCUUGUGGGUUGCUUCACAUGCCUAUUCUAAUACCAAUGCUGGCACAGUGGCUCAUUACAUUGGUACCUAUUUAUGUACUGCGAUUGAAGAAAAAGGUGAAAUAGAACAUCCAUUUGGCAUUGAUGCUGCUGAGUGUAUUGCUAUGGAAGCUGAGUUGAUAUCUGAAUGGUUGAGGCAUGGACGCCGUAUCUUUUCCGAUGAUGAGUUCACCUUGUGCAAUAACAUCCGCACUGUUGCCGCUAAACUUUUUAUUUCACGCCGGAAGUGGUCUUGUCCUAUUGCUGCUGCCCUUCUGGGUAUCAGAAAGGAGGCUGAGUGGUUGAUUAGGAACUUGAAGCAUAAUUCUGGUGGUUCCAUUAGUACCUCCAUGAAGAUUCGACAAUCUGCCUUAAAGUUUGCGUUGGAAAAGUAUGGUGAGCUUGAACCAUAUAAAAAUCAGGAGAUUAGUGAAAGUGAAAGUGAAAGUGAAAUGUCCUCUGAUAGUGAUGAUGAUGUCGCUGGAAUCGAAGAUAACUACAUGGGGGAUUGCUGUGAUGAAGACUACUUGAAACUUUAUGGUUUCUUGCCAGGGGUAUUGCUGUUUUGAAGACUACUUGAAACUUUUAUCGAUUAAAUGCAUGCUGAGACCAAAUAUAUCAGUUGUUCUCCUUUGAUGAAUUUCUCUAGGACAAACUAUCUCUGAUCUUUCUUAUGCUGCUGUAGUGGUCUAAGUCGUCCAUUAUGCAAUGAAUUUUCAUUUUCUUUAAGCACAGUUAUGAUGCAAUGAAUUUUCAUUUUCUUUAAGCACAGUUAUGUCUGUUAUUAUUAUUGAACCUAGGUGUUGGAAGUGUUAUGGCUGUGCCAACUGGUAUAGAAGGCCACUAAUAUUUACCAUAUUAGUGGCAGGUUGGGCACCAUAUUUUUCUAUGGUUAAUUUGUUCCAUGUCAUUGCAAA